AAUAACACGUCGUUGCGGAGGUAUUUUUUAAUUCUGUUCUAUGCAGCAAGAGGUGCCUAGUGGUUUAUUUUCCCGAUCCCAAUCGCAUUCGGAAUGUCCGGGAUAAUGGACUUGAGUUUUCUCACCGAGGAAGAGCAGCGGAAGAUCCUUGAUGUCCUGAAACGGGACGAAAGAUUGAAAAAAGAGGAAGACAGACGAGUAAGGAAACUUAGACAAGAACUGCAAGAAUUGCGUAAAAAGGGAGCAAUAAAAGCAGAUACUGACAACUCAGGGAAAAAGUGUGCAAGAUGUCGGGAGUCAUUAGGGUGGUUCAUCAAUGCAGGCGAACUGUGUCCUAAGUGCCAACACAAAGUAUGCAAAAAGUGUCAAGUUUUACAGACAUCAGGGAGGAGAAAAUGGCUGUGCCUUGUAUGUAAUAAACAAAUGGAAAUCAAAGCCAGGACUGGUGAAUGGUUUUAUGAGAAGAUUCCACAAGUCAAUAAUGCGAAGUUAGUCGGCACUGAUCUAGUUCGUGCUUCCAUGCGAAGUGGCCCGCCAUCAAGAGGUAAAUACGUUUCAUUUUCAAAUUGA